CAGACGUGUAGUCAUACCAAUGUAUGUGUAGGUGUGUUUGCAGCCAUCAAACUAUGCUCCCGAGAGAAUUGUUUUUGAUUGCUACAAUCCUGGCAGUAUGUGAUAUUGGAUCUUCCAGAGAAGCAUACAAUCGGACAAUGUACAAUGCCACAGGUGAAACACAAAAGUGCUCCUCAGGAUACUACUACGACGGAUCUUCAGAUGAAUGUAAAGAAUGCCCCCUAGGUUUCACAGGAAAAAAUUGUUUCCUGAAAUGCCGUUAUCCGUCCUAUGGAAAGUUAUGUCAGAGUGAAUGCAACUGUCUUAAGGAACACUGCAACUUUUCCACUGGAUGUGAUGUUGACCAAAAUGAGUGUUUCCUGGGUUUCACUGGGAUAAACUGUUCCAUGGAAUGUCGUUAUCCAGCUUAUGGAAAGCAUUGCCAGAGAGAAUGCAACUGUUCUGAGGAAUAUUGUAAUUUGGCAACUGGAUGUGUUUGA